CAACACACGUCACACGGGGAGGGGAAAAAAAGAUCUGGCUCUACCAACAGACUACUUGCGAGAUAGAUAUACGCCACCACGCACGCGAGACAGAGCUUCGCAUCGAAACCCUCGGAAUCUUCUCCACCGCCCUCCUCGUCGGUUGAUCUAUCUCCUGGCAUGAAUCGGCGUUGACGUUUUGUUUUUGGCGAAGAACCCACAGAGAGGGAGAGAGAGAGAUCAUGUACAAGGAGAGAGGGAUGAUGGUGGGUUCGAAGGCGGAGAUGGCGGAUCGUAAGCGCAUCAACGACUCUCUGGAUAAGCAUCUUGAGCGGCCAUCUCCGUCGACGUCGCGGCCCCUAAACGGCAAGGGCAAGGGAACCUCUGCGGCUGCGCAGUCCGUCUUGAUGGGGAAGCAGCCCCAUGACCACAGGGAUUCUCGCCCUACUUCUCUCUCCAAGAACAACGUUUCCAUCGAUGAAUCGGAAACAGACAGUGAAGAAUCAGAUGUCAGUGGGUCUGAUGGAGAGGACACCUCAUGGAUAUCUUGGUUCUCCAAUUUACGUGGAAACGAGUUCUUUUGUGAAGUUGAUGAUGAUUAUAUUCAGGAUGACUUCAACUUGUGCGGACUCAGUGGUCAAGUGCCAUACUACGAUUACGCCCUUGAUCUGAUUUUGGAUGUAGAAUCUUCUCAGGGUGAGAUGUUUACAGAGGAGCAGAAUGAAUUGAUCGAAUCAGCAGCAGAGAUGCUCUAUGGUCUAAUUCACGCACGUUACAUACUGACAAGCAAAGGAUUGGCUGCCAUGUUAGACAAAUACAAAAACUAUGACUUUGGAAGAUGCCCAAGAGUUUACUGUUGCGGCCAACCAUGUCUCCCGGUGGGUCAAUCGGACAUCCCUCGAACAAGCACCGUAAAGAUAUAUUGCCCGAAAUGUGAAGAUGUUUAUUACCCACGAUCAAAAUACCAUGGGAACAUAGACGGAGCAUACUUUGGGACAACGUUUCCACAUCUGUUCCUGAUGACGUACGGGCAUCUGAAGCCACCGAAAGCAUCUCAAAGCUAUGUUCCAAGAGUGUUUGGAUUCAAGUUACACAAGCCUUGAGGGAAGGGAACAUAUUAAGACCCCAUCCAGAUAAAAGGUGAAUCCCCUCUUCCUUUGUAAACGGAAUUGGCAAAAUCUCCUCAUGUAGGGUGUGGAAAGUUGUAAAAACCACCUUGGCUACUAUUGGCACUACGCUUUGUAAUCUUCCCCCUUUCGUUUUCUUCCCAAUACCCAUCAAAAGGUGGGGGAGGGGAGAGAGGGGGGCAAUGUCAGAUCUGUGACCUAUAUUCAUCAAUUCCUCACUCUUUUUUUA